AUGGGGGAUCCCUUCGGUGGCGAAAAUCAGGCUACCGCUCCCCCCGCCCAGCCACAGCCACAGCAGCAGCGUGGGGGUGCGCCGCCGCCACCACCGCCGCCCGGGGGUGUAGACCGCAACGUCUCUCUGCUGGAUCUGAACGACGACGAGAACAACCUCCGCACAACAUGCGAUGCGUGCACGAUCGGCAAGAUCAAGUGCGACGGCGGGCACCCGUGCAAGCGCUGCCAGCGGCGGGGCUCGGAGUGCGUGUACAGGGAGAAGAAGAGAUGCGGCCCAAAGCGCAGGAAACUGUCCUCCCGCGACGAUUCCGAUGACGACGGGAGCCACGGGGGAAGCUUCGCGGGGCACCUGGGCGAAGGCGGGGCCGGUGUCAGGGUGCUUACCUCCAGGGAGCAGGAGUUUCUCGCCAAGUUUUACAGCAGCGUCAACAAGUUCAUCCCCCUCACAUGCCUCACGGUGAUCCGCGACGCCAUGAACCCUCUGCCGCUGGACGUCGUCCCUGGACUCGCCGCGUCAGAGGCGGAGGAGAACACGUACCACGCCCGCAAGGCCGUCCUGCUGGGCUGCGUGGCUGUCGGGGCGGUGUUCUGUGGCGACCAGUCGUCGGCGGGCGCAUACAUGUCGAGGGCGCAGAUACACCUGAAGGACUGCUUUGACGCGCUCAUACCCGAGGUGGUGAGCUGCUACCUGGUGAUGGUGGUGUACCACUUGCAUUUCCUGGACCGAUCUAAGGUCUACCGCUACAUCGGCUUCGCGCAGCAGGCGUACCGAGAGCUCGCGCAGUCGAACAAGCUUGUGGUGGGAGGGCACGUGCGAGAUAGCCUUCGCGUGCUGAGCACCUUCCUGCACGUGACAUGCAACAAGGAGAUCAGGCCCCAAAAGGUCCACCUGCGAGGGGAGACCAACCCGGAGCCCGGAGGGGGCAGCCUCUCCCGCAUCAUCGCGCUCUUCUCCCACGUGCUCCUCCAGCUUUACCGGAAGACGGACCGUGUGGAGGCCGCAAGAGCGUCCCCGCAGCAGCCCGUGCCGACCAUGGCGACGCUUGGGGCGAUGGCGAACGAGGCGGAACUCUUGCUGAGCAUGAUGGAGGACCCAGGGUCGUUCGCCGUGAUCGUGAUAAAGACGCUCAAGGGGUACUUCUUGCUCAUGAAGGGAAAGGAGCAGGCGGUGCUGGACGCGGUGGCAAUGCCGGUCGCUAAGGCGCUGGAGGCCGACCCUGCCGUCCUUAACUUCCCUCUCUGCUGGACAAUGUGCCAGUGCGUAAGCUCCUUCCUGCGGCGCAAGGGCUGCCACAGCGUCGCCGCGAGCAUGGACGCCAUCAUGCAACCCCUGCGCAUGACUCUCGCGUACGCGAACGCCUGCUGUGGCGUGGCCCUCAACGUGGUCGGCGUCUACGCCGGCAAGGGGAUCACCGUCACCCCCGUCAACGGCCUCUUCCCGCCGGGCACCGGCCCUGCCCCCGCAGACAUCCCCAGCCCCUCCAUCGGCACCGGCACCGCCCCUGUAGACAUCCCGACUACCUCUAUGGCCGGCGGCGGCGGCGGCAGCGGCGGCAGCAGCGGCUUCUCGUCUCCCCGGACAUCCAUCUCCUCCGUCCCAGACGAAGAAGAACGCUUGCGGUACAACCGCGACGGCGGCGGUGGCGGCGACGCAGCCGGGCGGCGACCGGCGGCGGCGUCGCCCGUAUCGGCGGCGGCGGCGGCGGUGGCGGCUUGCGAGGCGGACGCGAAGCAGCGGCAGUCGCGCGCCUCUGCCGCUUCCUCCUCCUCGCCGACGAUGCGCGGCGGCGGCGGCGGCUGGAGAUCGCUGUGGGGUUUUUCCGCCUGCGAAGGAGCGGCCAACAAUCACGAGGACGACGGCGGCGGCAGGAGCAGCAGCAUGCACACAACCUUGUACGACAUACCGUUCCCCGCCACCGCCCCCGCGGAGGCGAAGUUCUCGAGGUCGGCCUCGAUGCCAGGGGAAGGUGGGGGCAAGGACUAGUCGACGGUGUGAGCUUGGGGCCGGGGCUGGCGCUCUUGCAGGCGGGGGAGGGGGGGGGGGGGGGUUGAUCCACCGUGCCGCGGCGGCAGGCUACGCCUCGUAAGGGGAAGCAUGGUUGAGUGAGUGCGUGCGGAGAGAGAUUUGUGCGCACCGGGAAACGAGUGUGAAUUUUGCUGAUGGGCAACGCCAAACCCUCUCUCGCUCUCUCUCUCUCUGGGGCGCGGGUGGGAGGAGGGGACCCGCGCGCACGCGCCGCGACGCGAGGGGGGCCUGUGGAGUGCAUGCAGGAACUUACGGCCGCCUCCCCCGCCUCACCUGUUGCUUGGCAUGUGCUGAUGGAAGUUUUGCAUGGUAUAGGGCUUAAUAGUAAAACCUACGUACUGUCUAUUGUAUGGGCGUUAGUAUCACAGUCUUCAACCAAUACACGACGGAGGUGUAUAGGUGUAAGUGUGGCCAUAAUAAACCCUAUACAAUCUAAGUAUUGGUUUUAGUGUACCCCACCAAAAUCCUUUCAAAUAGACCACCCGUCUACCCCAACUCACGACUUCGGCCUUACCGAGUAUUGGAGCAGCAUUGCAUCUGCGUGGCCCCCUUGCCCCAACAAGAGCGGGGGCUCCGUAGCUGCACCGCGCACGGACCGGCUGGUGGUAUUGGCAGGCUGUCUUUGAUGUCGUGCUGCGACCUGGCCUGUCUGGCAAAGUGCGAUCGGAGAGAGCAGCGUUCUGUGUGUGCCGUCGUCUGUCAAGCGAUACUAGGAGUUGAAAGUUCGAGGGCGGGGUACCGCGUGGGUUAUAAGGUUAGAGGAGGGGUUGACGGGGGCUUUGGCCUUCUAGAUAGUCUACAACAAAGGAGUGGAGAAUGCUGCGGUUUGUUCGGUUCGAUGGUCAGCCACGUGGUGCGACCGUGUUUAUUCCGAAUCGGGAUACAUAUAGUGUUUGCUGCUUGGGCGGGAGUUGUUUGCUACUUGGGCGUGUACAUUUUUUAGUUUUUUUCCUCGUACAGAAGUCAUACGUGCAUGUUGUUUUUGUGGCCCCGCUGAUCCGAGGGACGUGCGGCAAGUUUGCGGUGUAUUGUGUUUUGUCUUGUUGCGUGAAACCAACCGCGCUUUUCUGUCAGAAACAAGUUGUCGUGUGUGUGUACAAGUACUCUCUCGUGCUACUACUGCGGUACGCAGUGUGUGUCGUGCUGUUGCUGUAGAAGUGUUAGGUUGAUGGUGUUGUUACGUACGUACGUAAAAAAUUGUAGUCGUCUUUAACAUUGAAGUUGUCUUUGUUGAAGGUGUUUUUUUGUUUUUUUCUUUGGGUUAUUAUUUGUUUCGAGGCAUCAUCCUCCCUUUGCAGUGGCGGUCAUUUCGUUCAGGGAAGGACCGUCUCUGUGGUACAUGGGAUGUUCCCGGCAUGCUGCAACAGCAGGCGUGGGGGGUGUACGGUUGAGCCUUCGCCCAGCGUGUGCUCUACACUAAGGGUUACACGGCUUUAGAGUGCAAGAACGGUGUUGUUGGGAGAAUUGUCGCCGACGUAAGACACACCGGUACACCCGGCAUUCAACAGCUUGCGCUGUGUUUGCUCGUUAGAGAGGUCGGCGCGGUGUGUAAAUACAUCCGGUGAUUGUAUGGAUAUCCUGAUGUAUCCCUAGCUUUACGCUGUACGUCGUGUCCUGUGUGGUUUUUGGUUACACCCUGUUGACAAAAUGUCAUUACUUACGCCCAGGUUACCUCAUCAUAUGCAUGGGUUUGCCAGCAUUUUGACCGAGCAAGUUAAUCACAUGUCUCGAGUUGUUGCGGACGGCAGGGUGCACCUUGGAUCAUCUCGAUCGAUGCCCCCAACCCGAUCUGUAUGUACCACUCUGUGGAUGUCUGGCGAAGAAAAUCUCGGCGCUGUCUGUCGUGAAAGGACCACUUCCGCGUCGUGGGAAGACUCCAAUCUCCGAGAAACGCGAAAAAGUGGACGGUAUCAGGCACGCAUGAUACGCAAGGAAGGGGAGACCGUAGAAUAGAAGGAGGCGUGUUCGCGGUUGAGAUGCGACAACUCCUGGAACAUAUAUUCGUCCAUCUGCGCCAUGCGCGCGGUCAAUGCUACAGUUCUACAUGCUAGCA